GUCCAGGUAAAGGUGGGACGGCGCAUGUUGGUGGUCCAGGUAAAGGUGGGACAGCGCCUGUUGGUGGUCCAGGUAAAGGUGGGAAGGUGCAUGUUGGUGGUCCAGGUAAAGGUGGGAUGGCGCAUGUUGGUGGUCCAGGUAAAGGUGGGACGGUGCGUGUUGGUGGUCCAGGUAAAGGUGGGACGGCGCGUGUUGGUGGUCCAGGUAAAGGUGGGAUGGUGCCUGUUGGUGGUCCAGGUAAAGGUGGGAUGGUGCCUGUUGGUGGUCCAGGUAAAGGUGUCAGUUAGAAGGUGUCAUAGAAGAUAUUGCAGGAAUAUACAGGUCAGCCACACGCAGAGAGAGGAUCCG